AUGUCAUACAGUCUCGACAUCAACAGCUUCAUCAACGCGUUUGAACAGAUGGCCAAUCGACGUGGGCUACUCGAGGAAGUUCUAUCGGAUAACGGAACAAACUUCGUUGGUGGCCAGAGAGAGAUUCAAGAGAUCUUUACUGGAGAUGACCAGGAAAGAAUUGGUCAACACUUCGACAAGGUGAAGUGGAAUUUCAUUCCACCCGGGGCACCUCACUUUGGAGGAGUUCAUGAGACGAUGAUCAAGUCCACAAAGCGGGCCAUCUUUGCCAUUCUGUCCGCGGCUGACAUCACAGAUGAGGAGCUUCAGACGGCAUUAUGUGGCGCAGAGAACCUGCUGAAUUCGCGCCCACUGACUACGCCAUCAGCUGACUUGAAAGAUGACUUACCGAUCACCCCGAACCAUUUCCUGGUGGGCCGAGUGGAAGAGUUCGCCGUCGACGGUACCGACCAACCAAGCAGUCCGCAGCAGAGGUGGUGA